UCUCAUCGUUCGCACGUUGGAAACUCGUGUAGUAAAGUUAGGUUAUAAAGCACAUGUGAUUGAGUAUUCGUCGGGUGUGUUAGUGUAAAUAAAUGUAAUAAUUUUUAUAAUGAUAAUUGUAAGCUGAUAUAAAUUAUAUUCACAAUGGAACAGUCACAGCAAAAAAGGCGUUCAAAAAGAGUUCCCAUUAGCAAAAAGAAACUCUUAAAGUAUCAUAAAGGACCAGGGAUUAAUUUGCAAAAUGAGACUACUAAGAUAAAACAUAAAAUACAUAAGGAAAAACUUAAACUAAAAGAGAAUGCUAUAAAAGCAGCAAUCGAGAAUGCUGCCAGAGCAGAAUUACUUUUAACUGAAGAUUAUGGUCAUUUAGAACCCGAUGCUGGAGAGACAACUACUCAAUAUAAACAAUCAGAAAUUGCUGCUAAUGUUGAUAUAACAAGUGCUACAAAGUUCUUUACAUUAGAUCUAAAUUUUGGUCCAUAUUGUUUAAAAUACUCUAGAAAUGGUAGACACUUAGUCCUAGGUGGUAGAAAAGGACAUGUAGCAGCACUUAAUUGGGUGACAAAAAAACUUGCUUGUGAAAUGAAUGUUAUGGAAUCUGUACAUGAUAUAUCAUGGCUUCAUAUUGAGACAAUGUUUGCAGCUGCACAAAAAGAUUGGGUUUUUAUUUAUGAUAAUCAAGGAAUAGAACUUCAUUGUUUAAAGUCAAUGAAUGGAAUAAAUAAAUUAGAAUUUUUGCCAUAUCAUUUUUUACUAGCUAGUGGUUCUAGAGAUGGUUAUCUAGCAUGGCUGGAUGUUUCUAUAGGAACAAUGAUUUCUCGUUAUCAUACUAAAUUGGGCAACAUAUCUGUAAUGACACAAAAUCCAAGUAAUGCACUCAUUUGUGUUGGUGAUUCCAAAGGAGUAGUAUCAAUGUGGUCUCCAAAUACUAGACAACCACUAGCAAAAAUGCUUUGUCAUAAACAAAAAGUUGAAGCUUGUACUAUUCAUCCAUAUGGAACUUAUAUGGCAACAAGUUGUCCAGAUAGAUCUUUGAAAGUUUGGGAUAUUCGACAACUUGCAGGUCCUGUUCAUAAUUUGUUUCUUCGAUAUCCAGCACAAUAUUUAUCAUAUAGUCAGCGAGGUCUUUUAGCUGCUGCAAUGGGAAAUGUAGUAGAGGUUUAUAGAGAAUCUAUGAAUGAAAUUAAGCCAUACUUAAGACAUAAAUCAUCAUGGAAUAUAACAAGUAUGCAGUUUUGUCCAUAUGAGGAUGUUCUGGGUAUUGCAACAGCAAAAAAUGUUUCAUCUCUCUUAGUUCCUGGAAGUGCAGAAGCUAACUAUGAUGCUUUAGAAAUAAAUCCGUAUCAAACGAAGAAGCAAAGACGCGAGGCAGAGGUUAAAGCACUUUUAGAUAAAAUUCAACCAGAAUUAAUAACAUUGGAUCCAACAGCAAUAGCAGAAGUUGAUGUUCCUAAAUUAAAAGAAAAAGUAGAAGCAAAAAAGAAACUCUUAUAUAUUAAACCAAAGCAGAUUGAUUUUAAACCACGUAAUACUAAAGCAAAAGGAAAAGGUGGAACUGCGAAAAUAAUUAAAACUAAAAAGAUAUUAAAAGAUUUAAAACGUAGAGAGAACAUAGAAAUGCUUAAAGAUGUAAAUACAGAAAUGUCUACAAAAAAAGCGGAAGUUCCAAAGAAAAGUUAUGGUGUCUUGGAUAGAUUUGUUUCUAAAUGAAAUAACAAUAUCAGAUAGAUUAUGAAAAUUUCAACAGAUAUAACUUAAAUGUAAAAAAUAUUGCUAUAGGUUAUAUCGAAUUCACAAUGAUUUAAAUAUUUCAUAAGCUAUACAUAUGUAUAGACAAAAAUAAUAAAGAAAUCAUUUUUUUAAAUAA